AGGAAUAUGACGCAAGCGAACGGCGACGUUCUCGCAAAGACACGUAAAAUUCAAGUGCGAGCGGAUCUACUUUAUGGCAGUGCGCACCAGGGGUAUUUAAAACAGUAUGGUCGCGUUAGACCGCAGCGCCGUCAUCCUCCGGGCGAGGGGGAGUCUGGAGCUCCGCUGUCUGCUGGAUGGCACCGAUGGGUCGCACGUUCAGAAAGCCGUGUCCGGGGCGUUCGAGCGCGUCCGAGCCGGGGUCACGUCCCAGGCGUUGGUCUUCAGGGUCCACGACAGUCCCAUGUUCAUCUGGCCGAACAAAGGAUGCCAGGCGACCGAGGGGAUCGCAGAAACCACGGCGUGCAAAGACCUCCUACAGCGCUUACGGUCUGGUGAGCCUGAUGGCGGCAAGAGGUCAUCAAAAAAGAAGGACAAAAGAAAUGGGGACACAAGCAUCAUCAACAUCGACCUGCUGAUGGAGCUGACAGAACCGGGCCGGGAAGCUGGGCCCACACUGACCCGGAGAGAGGCGAGGCACCACCUGGCACAGAUGGCACUGCCUAUGGACUGCGUGGUGAUGGCGGGCAUGGAUGAUGGCAUCGGCGAUGCGCUCUCCCGCCUUGUGGGGGCAGUGUGCAGUCAGCUCACAGACAUGGAGAGUGUUGUCCUGCGGCACAUUAGUGGGACCUCCCUGCUCGUCCCCCAGCCCUUCCACUUCCUCCUCCCAGAACCCACGGGACUGGUCACCUUGGUGUACCCUGCUGGGGUCCCUGACACCCAGCUGGAGUCCUUCAGAAAAGAGAUGCAUGUCAGGUUUGCGCUGCCCGAGGACAGGCCAUACCUGCGACGGGCCAACGCCAACCAUUUCCUGGGCGAACCCUUCAAAGACGCCUAUUUAAGGAACCCGCACCUUGCCCUCAGUCACCCAGCCCUGGAGGACGCCAAGCCGUUUCUGGUGCAGGGUGUGUAUAGCUACCACCACUACAUGCAGGACCGCGUGGAUGACAGCGGCUGGGGCUGUGCCUACCGCUCGCUGCAGACCAUCUGCUCGUGGUUCCAGCAGCAGGGCUACACAGAGCGGGUGGUCCCGUCACAUAAGGAGAUCCAGCAGGCGCUGGUGGACGUCGGGGACAAACCCAGCUCCUUCGUGGGCUCGCGCCAGUGGAUCGGCUCCAUCGAGGUGCAGGCCGUGCUGGACCAGCUGCUGGGAAUCACCUCCAGGAUCCUCUUCGUGAGUCAGGGGUCAGAGCUGGUGAACCAGGGCAGGGAGCUGGCCAGUCACUUCCAGAGGGAAGGGACACCCAUCAUGAUCGGAGGGGGUGUCUUGGCUCACACCAUCCUGGGAGUGUUGUGGAGUGAGACUACGGGGGAUAUCCGGUUCCUUAUCCUGGACCCCCAUUACACUGGUGGGGAAGACGUGCAGGUGAUCAUUGACAAGGGCUGGUGCGGGUGGAAAGGGAUGGACUUCUGGGACCAGCGGGCCUAUUACAACCUCUGCCUGCCCCAGAGACCAAAGGCCAUCUGAGGAAGGGAGAAGCUCAGAGCUGUAAAUACCUCUGCAUGAAUAAAGACAGCAUUUCAAAAA